CAUAACCUAAAAAUUGCCCGGUAAUUCAAAGCCUAUCAUAUUCAUAAUGGUUACAAAUCAAACUUUGAUUAAAAUUGCUGCAAUUGGAGGAUUCUUAACCGCCUCUAUGGGAUUUGCCUACAGAUCGAAAAUUAACUCGAAUAUAGCAAAAACGGAUUAUUAUAAAGAAGCUAUGAAAACUGUAAGGAGUCAUAAAGGUGCUAUCCAUUUGUUAGGUGAACCAAUUAAAGACUGUAAUAUAGAUGUAACUGAUUCUACCAAGAAUGUAACCAGAAACCUUAGUGCACAGUAUGCAGUUCCAGUUAAAGGUGCAAAAGAAUAUGGUACAGUUUACUUUUGGGCUAACCGACAAACUUCUGAUGACAAGUGGUCAGUAAAUAGAAUUGAACUGGAGCUUAAGAAAGACAAUACAAGGAGACUGUUGAUUAAAAAUGUAGAAGUUAUUUAAUAUAAAAUUACAAAUUAUUUUAAUAAAAUUUUAACAGAAGUUAUAUACACAUGUUUAAAUAAAA